GGGCUCGCCGAGCUGCCCCGGGCGCUUUAUAACGGCUCGGCUUGGGAGGAUGCUCCGGGGAGCCGCCCAGGCAGCUGGGCUCUCCUCUCCGCCUCUCGCCUUCCCCGCCACCGCUUCUCCUCGCCUCCUCUCCCAGCCCCUCCUCCCCCUGCCCCCUCGUCUCCCUCGCGCUUCCUACUCGCCCCAACGGUCCCGACGGCCCAGGGGUUGCCGUCUGAGCGCCCUCUCCCCGCCCGUCCGGGCUCUCAGCCGGUCCGGGCACCUUUGGCCAGCGCGUGCGCCCCAAGUGCCCUUGUCCGGUCCGCACCGGAGCCCCCUGCCAGCCUGCCCACCAGCCCGCACGCCUUCGCCUUCUCCGCCUGCUCCACCUUGUCUAGGCUCGGCUCUCUGCCCGCUUCCCAGAGGGCACUAUGAGGACCCCUUGGCGCGCCCGGUCCUCUCCACUGUUCUUGCUUCUGCUGCUCGGUCUCCUGCUGCUCCUGCCACCCUCGGGCGACCCCGCCGUCAUCACUGGGGCUUGUGACAAGGACCCCCAGUGUGGAGUUGGCAUGUGCUGUGCUGUUAGCAUUUGGAUCAGAAGCCUGAGAAUGUGUACACCAAUGGGCAACAUGGGAGACAGCUGCCAUCCACUUACUCGGAAAGUUCCAUUUUUUGGGAAGAGAAUGCAUCACACCUGUCCUUGCCUACCUGGGUUGACCUGUGUACGGAUUACCUUUAACCGAUUUCGAUGCUUGCCUAGGAAAUAACAAUCAUUUUUGAAAUGGAAUCAGCUAAAUGUGAACAGAAACUUAAUGUAUUUGAAGUUUUCCUUGUGAUUGUAAUGAACAAGUUAUAUGCCAGAAAAAUCCUAUUAACUUUCUCACCUCAUGCACAUCCAAAAUGAAUAUAUCUAAGGCCUAAGUAAUAUUUUUAGAUUUGGUUUGAAAAUGACGGGGGGGGGGGGGGGGAGUUAUAGAGAUUUAGUUUUGAAUAGAAAUGUUGAAAGUAAAAUAUAAUGGACUGGAUUUUUCUCCUCCACGUUCAUUUCAUUUUAUAAAACUAAUGCUGGUCUCUACCACAAAGAAGAUAAGUUAUGAAAAAGAUAAUGUAGCAUAUAAGUCCGCCUUGUGCUUGGUAGGCAGGGAAUAGUUCUAAUAUAUCAACAUCUGGAAGUCCUAGGGCAGGUGGAGAAGUUGUGUCCUCUUGCCUGGACUUGGCUUACCAUGAAGCUAUCCCAGAACUUCUCCACACCUCAAGGCAAAUUGGCUCCAAUUCAGAGUUAUGCUAGUAUAUUGAUUACUAUUAACCUGUCGGAUUGAGGCUUUUUUAGGCUUCCCCAUUUCCUUCAUCAUAGUUCCAACAGACACACAUUUGUGUUUUCAUCUCUCUCAAUCCUAAAAGGACAUUAAAACUCAAUUAACUGGGACUGAUUCCACCACUCACUCUUCUCCCUGCACUCCACUUAGAUUCCAAAGUAGCAUCACCAGAUGUUCUGGUAAUAUUGUGGAAAAUCCAUCAAUGUUGGGCCUUUUAGAUAGCGAAGCCACUGGCAAAGGUUAGCAACUGAUUGUUCUAACUCCAUGGCUUUCGGAGGGUAGACAGGUCUCAGAGGCACAGCAGUCCCCCUAAAAAGCGAUAUAACUUUCAAUCUAGCUAACCAUAUGCAAUGAGGAUGUAUUGCCACUAUCUGUGGGAAGCAGGAGUGGCAAGUUCCACUGAGAGAGAGAUGUCAGAAUGACAGAACAGGAAACCAAAUUCAUUUUUCUGGCUUUUUUUUUUUUUGGAUUUGUCCCUUAAAGCAUUUUUUCUCAUAAUAGAAUUUCAUUUUAUGAAUGAGACAUUUAGAGAUAAUAUAGAGUAUGCCAUCAAAGGGGAAGAAUUUCUUUUAAUCUGGCAUAAAACUCGUUAUACAUUUGAAAUAAUAUGUAUUAAAAUGUCACUUGUAUUUUAUUCAAAACCUAAAGGCUUAUUGUAAUGGAUUGCUUAAUAUCUUGUAAUUUGUACCUGUAUCAAUAUUGCUGUGUAAAAAUUCUGUAUCAGAAUAAUGGCAGUACUGUAUAUCAUUUGAUUUUAAUAUUAUAUCCUUAUUUUUGUCACAGUGGUCUCAGUUUUUAUUCCAAAAAAUGAUACGAAUUUCUAAAUAGGUCAUACUGCAAAUCAAAUAAAGACUAAUAAGUGGGUAAAAAUAGAGCUAUUUAACAUACAUACAGUUUGAACGUAUGCCAAAUGAAAUUUUACUAGUGUAUAUUUCAGAACAUUCAAAAAAUAAGCCCAAUGUUAGAAUAAAUGUGGCAAUGGAACUUAGGGGGAAAUCACGACAUGCAUAAAAGGUUGUAAUUAGGAAUGAAUUAAUAGAAUUUCACUGUGUACAAUUGAUUAUAUAUAGAUGCACAUGAACAACAUCUUAAAAGAUUUCUCUAUAAAUUCAGUAAGACUAGAAAAAAAGCAAAUUGCCUGUAUUGUGUGUGAAUACAAGUUGUCUUAAAUGAACAAACUAUGAAGCUGACUUAAAUUAGUCAAAUCAACUGAAGUUGAACCACCGUUGAGUUAGAAAAGUCUUCAUGAUUUGAGCAAACUCAAAAACAGUUUGGUAGUCUCACUCUAUAGGGAUUAGUCUUCCCUGGCCAUGCCAUCCACCUCUAUCCUUGGAGAUUCAAAAUAAAGUUGAAAACAGUGCCUUUACACAGAGUUCUGGAUUAGGAUUGAUUCCCAAGGGAGAAUGCUUAGUAUUUCCAAAAAUUAACGGGCAAAUAAAUCUUUACAGAAUUGUUUUUUAUUUCCCCAAACAUUUAAUGGCCUUCAUGAUACAGGCCAUUAUCUUCUGUUUUUAUCAUCCUCUUAAAAACGGAAUUUGUUACCAUCUUGUUGGUCAAUAAACAUUUAUAAAGCAA